AUGAGCGGCCACCUCGCUCCAUGUCUCAUGUCUACUUUGGGAUGUGUCUCUUCCACAAUUGCUGCUAUAAUUGGAUUUUACAAUAUUUAUAUUGUUCUGAGUAAUCCGUAUUUCAAGAAGAAGUAUGAGUAUCAAAUGUUUUUCUUCAGAUUUAUUGCAGAUUUCGUAAUGACUGGAUUCUCUUCCGUUUACUAUUUUCUUUUGAUAGUUUCCGUACACGAAGGAGCAGAUGAGAAUCUAGCUCUUUUGGAAUAUUGGCUCGGCCUGAUUGUUUCAAGUUCUGCAACUGUUCGAGUUGUUACAUCUUUCUUGAUUGCUCUGGAGAGAACACUUGCUAUAUAUUUUCCCAUUCUUUUCAAAAACUACAGAUCUAAAAUUCCAAAGCUACUACUUCCUCUUUUUGCUCUUUCAUUUGGUUUUAUCGACAAUUUUAUUCUUUAUGUUAUCUGUGGUUAUGUAUUCACUCCGAAUCUUUCCUGCAUUAUAUUCACUUGCCAGAUUAAUUCAUGCUUCUUGAAAUACUACUCGAUGAACAAAACUAUAAUGUAUGGAAGUACUGGAACAGUUUUGGUUGCACUUUGCACAAGACUGUUUAUUGUGAAUUGGAUUAGAUCUGUUCGUCACGAGAAACUCUCUCGAGUGAAUAAAUUGGCGUUAAUUGACGCAGUUAUCGUAUUAUUUUUUGACUUUUCUUCAUCAUUCAUUGCUGCAAGAGGAAUAUUCACGUAUCAGGAGAUGGGUCCUUACGACGCGGCACCUAAGAUGGUUGGACGUGCUAUUGAAGCAUUUGUCGUAUCCAUUCAACUGAAUCGUGCAAGAAUUCCAACUCAUCCCCACGACAAUACACGCCAUACUACAAAUACCAACAAAACACCAGUUCUCAUGUUUCAAGUAGAAUCAAAGCACCAAUAA